AAUUAAGACAUCCGGGAUAAAUGACUCAGCUGAGCUCAAUGAAGCCAAAACAUGUGCGUCCAGGCUUAAUUGGUUGCACAAAGACCAAGCCAGGAUGAGCAGACACGGAUUCAUUAAGCCAGGUGAAACCAAUCCUGGAUAGGUGCGCGCUCACGGCUCACUCAAAUAGACCCCGCCACAGAUCACAGAUUAACUGAUUUACCAUGGCAACUAGAGCCGCGUACUUUUCCCCGUCGGAAGCACAAAUCCUCAUGGAGGCAUACGAGGAGGUAAAAGAUAUAAUUAAGAAGAAAGGCAACACCGCCACAGUGAUAAAGCAAAGAGAAAAAGCGUGGCAAAGUAUUGCAGACCGCCUGAAUGCCAGUGAAAAAGAAUACCCACAGACAAGGCACGGGUGGUGGGUCACCAAAGGCUGACCUUACCCCAGCAGAGGACAUGGCCUUGGAGCUAAAUAAAGGCAGGCCCGUCUUAGAGGGGAUCCCUGGGGGGGAAAGAGACGAGCAUAGGUUCCUCCCAAGAUGCCACCCGCUUCAUUCAAGUGCCUGGCAGCACUGUGUUCCUGUUAGAGCCACCAGCACAAGCACCAGACGAUGCUGAUCCAGUGAGUACUCCAUCAAAGGCAUACUGUAGGCCUGGCAUGUCUUGUCUACUAGCUUCAAUAUGAAUCCGAUUAAAUGUGAUCGGGUGAAGGCCCCAGUGCAGCAGCAACAGCACAUGAUGGAGACGAUGAUGAGGAGGAGACCAUCUCUCUGGAUUCCAGAAGGCAUGAGGUAUCAUGUUAAGACUGUGAAAGUACUAUUUACUCUACAAUGGUGAGGAGUCCUCAUCAAAAUCAAAAAAUCUAAUUUCUUUUACAGGACCCAGAUGCUAUACAGUGGGAAAACCAGCCUGGCAACAUAGUGCGUAUUAAUAAAAGGACACCACAUCCUGCCAAAUUCCAGCUGCGCUAAUUGUAUUGUGUUCACAGAGCUCACAAGCUAUCAGAAAGUUGUAUGGCAACCACCUCCGGCGCCAAAUAGAACUGGCAGACAUAGACAUUCAGUACAAGAAGAAAAAGAUGGAAAAUCUUGCACUGGAGUCCGAAAUAAAAAAGAGGACAAUUAUGAAACUGGACCUUGAAAUAAAAAAACUUGAGAGGGAGCUCCAAGAAGAUGACACAGCUCAAAAUAAAAAUUAGGUAUAUUCUCGUAAAGUCAAGUGAGCCAUGACAUAUGAGCUCUUAUUGUGAGCACACAGGACGGUGGCAUCUUUCUAAGGUUUUUUUUAUUUUCCCAGCAAUCAGUACAACCAAGUCAUCGUUAUAAGGCAUCGCCCUCUUUUGCCCACCCCCCCAGCACCAGGUGUGGCCACUAGCCUAUAUGAAGGCCCAAAAUUGUGUGUUCCUUUCUGCUCUGACAAUGGCAUGCCCAUUCGUGCGAGAUGUGGUGGAUGAAGAAGCACUUGUGCUGAGGAGAGCCUUCAGGCGAGAAAGGGUCUUCAGGGACCGGUUGGACCCACUGGCCUUCCCUGUAUGAAAGAUACAGGUUUUCUGCAGAUGGCAUCAGGUAUCUAUGCAGACUACUGGGUCCCAGGAUUAAGCACCGCACUGCACGGAGCCAUGCACUGAGUGUGGAGCAAAUGGUUUGUGUGGCCUUGCGCUUUUUUGCUAGUGGAGCCUUCCUGUACUCAGUGGGGGAUGCAGAACAGCUGAACAAGGCCACAAUUUGCCGCACAAUAAGGAGUGUGUGUCUGGCUAUCAAAGCAUUAGCAGAUGUCUUCAUCUCCUUCCCUGGCCACAGAAGACUCUGUGACAUCAAAGAGGAGUUCUAUAGGAUUGCAGGUUUCCCCAAUGUCAUUGGUGCAGUGGACUGCACACACAAGGAUAAAAGCCCCCUCAGGUGCCCAUGAGGCCGAUUUUGUGAAUAGGAAAUCCUUUCACAGCAUUAAUGUUCAGAUGGUCUGCAAUGCUGACUGUGUGAUCAGCAAUGUUGUGGCAAAAUGGCCUGGCUCAGUCCAUGACUCCAGAAUCUUUCGGGCCUCUGAAAUCUAUCAGUGCCUAUCACAAGGUGAAUUCUCUGGUGUGUUGCUGGGAGACAGGGGUAUGGCUGCCAGCCUUUUCUCCUGACACCUUUCACAGACCCCCAGGAAGCACAGCAGGCCUACAACCAUGCCCAUGCCAGGACCAGGGCCAGAGUUGAAAUGACCUUUGGCCUCCUGAAGGCACGCUUUCACUGCCUUCACAAAUUAAGGGUCAGCCCUGUUAGGGCAUGUGAUAUUACUGUGGCUUGUGCUGUCCUCCACAAUGUGGCCUGCCUGAGGAAGGAGAGGGCCCCCAGAGUGCCACCAGCCAUGGACUGGGACAAUCCGGCAAUCUUCCCUGAUGACGACAGUGGUCGGCUGCUGAGGGACCAAUAUGUGUUGAAUUAUUUUAGUUAGUAUGUGUGCUUUCAAUUUUGGUUAAAUAUGUCCUGCGGUGGCAGAGGAAUUUGGGUUUUUUUGGGUUCGUUUUUUGACGAAUUUGGCCUCUUAUGAUGAUUGUGCGGUAUACUGUGUGUAAUACAAGGCUGCAGGGAGGCUACUGCAUCCAUUCAUUUGUCUGUUCAGUUGAUGUGUAUGGAUUUGUCCUGCAUUUAUUUUAGUGUGCAGACAUGCAGGGUGUGUUAUAUACAGACCUUUGAAUGUGUAUGUAUCAUUUUGUAUAAUAUGCUUGGAUUCUGUGCUUUCCAUCUUGUAGAGUCACUGUGACUUCAGUUUCGAAAGGAGCUGAUGGUUUACCUGCUUUGUUUUGUCCUUAUUCAAUAAAGGAACAUAAUGUUA